UUAAUAUUAAACAUCCAAAUACAGUUUAUUUGUAUUCUAUCAUUUGUAACAAAACAUUAAUAUAUUAAAAUAACCAUUGCAUUGCCGCCAUUUGAUAAUAAUAUCAAAUUUCUGGGGGGGAAAAUAUAAAUAAAGUAUCCCAUUUCGGAUGCGCAUAUGUAAAUCCAAGACAUUUCGUUACCGGCGAUAAAAGUUGCAUUAUUUUGAUUGAUGUAUUAAAUAUUGUAGAGUAGUGAGACCACUUAAGACUCAUGUUGCUUUUUGGUGAGCAUUUUUUUUUUAUAACAUUGUGUGCGCUAGUGGGAAGUAUAUACAACAUUUAACGUUAAUGGCGAAUUUUCCUACAUUGGGUGCCCAACAAGAAACCAAUCGUAAAAUUCUCGAGGAUCUACAAUUAAAAAAACAACUUUUGCAGAAAGGCAAUAUCCCGGGACUAGGUGGUGGAAUUUCAACGAAUACUCUUUACCAGAUUCCUGCUAGUCAACUUUUGCAAUCGUCAGAUUUUUCUCAAAGUAGCGGUUUAGCAAACGCACCCCGUUCGGUGUUUAAUGCAACUACAUCGACAACAUUGGGAUUUUUUGUAUCGCAAGAUUCUUAUUACGGAAACACUUUCAUACCUGUACUACCACGUCUCGAUCCUCCACCACCGAUGAACUAAACUAUGGCGUGCAUAAAGUUGAAAAAGUUGGAGGAGUAUUUGCAAUGUCUAGAUAAUUUUCAAAAACCGAAGAUAAAUCUGGAGCAGUACAACACUCCGCCGCACAUAGCUAGUUGUGUGCUCUACAACAUUCAGG